GUCACGGCCUGUCCGCCAGUACCCCCCCAAGUCUUCCCAGUCUGGCCCCGGCCCCUGGCCUGUCCCCUGGUUUCCUCCUGGCCCCGCUGGCCCUUUGCUCGUUCCUGAUUCCUUCCCUCCGACCCGUUCUCUGACCGCUGGACGGGCCCUCCAGCUCCCAGCGGAGGCCUUCACGUUUUCCCAGGACGGAGGCACGUGUCAGGGGACCCCCACCAGUAAAGAGCACUUGCUUCGUCGGAGCAGCAAAGUUCAGGCCAUGUGGGCAUCCCCUGGGCACAACAGUGAGCUAGUUUCCACCACUCCCUUGGCAUCCCUCCCUGCCAAGCUGUGGGAUAAUGCGCACUGCCUGGCACUGCCCCUGCCAGGGGUUCCUGCCUUCUGCGACUGCGACGGACAGAAAACAGUAGCAUUCGGUAGUGGCCCCCCGCAGCGAGAUGGCAGGAGGGAGGGAGGUACCUGGGAGAGAGGACCGUUAGGGAGAGGCAGGAGGCAGGGAGGCCUCCAGACUCUUCCCCAGUGCCCUGGAUCACGGAGCUGGGGAUGCCUCCAGGCUGAUUGGCAGCUCUUUGUUUCAGCCCCCCCUCACCCGCCUGCUGGCCCCCCCCUUCAACUCCCCCUUUCAGUCCCUCCGCCCCCCGCUCCUGCUCUCUCCGCCUAGCCUUUUCCCCUCCCAGCCGCCUGCCUGCCAGGGGUAGUGAGCCAGCUGAGCGGCAUGGAGACGCAGAAACUUCGGGGGGCCCUGGCUCUUCUCCUCCUUUGCACUUUCGCAUCUGCCAGUCAGGACCUGCAGGUGAUUGACCUGCUGACUGUGGGCGAGUCUCGGCAGAUGACCGCUGUGGCGGAGAAGAUCCGGACAGCCCUGCUCACCGCUGCUGACAUCUACCUCUUGUCCACCUUCCGCCUGCCCCCCAAGCAGGGUGGUGUCCUCUUUGGCCUCUACUCUCGCCAGGACAACACACGAUGGCUGGAGGCCUCAGUUGUGGGCAAAAUUAACAAAGUGCUGGUGCGGUACCAGCGGGAGGACGGCAGAGUCCACGCCGUGAACCUGCAGCAGGCAGGCCUGGCCGACGGGCGCACGCACACGGCUCUCCUGCGGCUCCGGGGUCCCGCACGACCAAGCCCUGCCCUGCAGCUCUACGUGGACUGCAAACUGGGAGACCAGCACUCCGGGCUCCCUGCGUUGGCCCCCAUUCCUCCCGCCGAGGUUGACGGGCUGGAGAUUCGGACUGGACAGAAGGCGUAUUUGAGGAUGCAGGGUCGGUCACCCAGUGGGGAGAGCUGUUGCCGCCUGCCUGUCGCCUCUGCCCUCCCACCAUCCAACUGCCUGUCCCUCUUCCAAGACUCCUCUAGGCCUUUGCUCCUGCCUCUCUUUUCCUUCCUCCUCCUCACCGGCCUGGUCCUCUUCACAUCUCUACCCUGUGUUUUCCCCUCUCCAGUGACCAGCGCACUGCACUCCAUCCUCGGGGAGCAGACCAAGGCGCUGGUCACCCAGCUCACCCUCUUCAACCAGAUCCUGGUGGAGCUGCGCGAUGAUAUCCGAGACCAGGUGAAGGAGAUGUCUCUGAUCCGAAACGCCAUCAUGGAGUGUCAGGUGUGCGGCUUCCACGAGCAGCGUUCCCACUGCAGCCCCAACCCCUGCUUCCGAGGUGUGGACUGCAUGGAAGUGUACGAGUACCCCGGCUACCGCUGCGGGCCCUGCCCCCCGGGCCUGCAGGGCAACGGCACUCACUGUGCGGACAUCGAUGAGUGUGCUCACGCAGACCCCUGCUUCCCUGGGGCCAGCUGCGUCAACACUGUGCCUGGCUUCCACUGUGAAGCCUGUCCUCGUGGCUAUAAGGGCACUCGGGUGUCCGGCGUGGGCAUCGACUACGCCCGUGCCAGCAAACAGGUCUGCAACGACGUGGAUGAAUGCAACGACGGGAACAACGGUGGCUGCGACCCGAACUCCGUCUGCACCAACACCGUGGGCUCUUUCAAGUGUGGUCCCUGUCGCCUGGGCUUCCUGGGGAACCAGAGCCAGGGCUGCCUCCCAGCCCGCACCUGCCACAGCCCAGCCCACAGCCCCUGCCACGUCCACGCACACUGUCUCUUUGAGCGCAACGGAGCAGUGUCCUGCGCGUGUAACGUGGGCUGGGCUGGGAACGGGAAUGUAUGUGGGACCGACACGGACAUCGACGGCUACCCGGACCAGGCCCUACCGUGCAUGGACAACAACAAGCACUGCAAGCAGGACAAUUGCCUUUUGACACCCAACUCUGGGCAGGAAGACGCCGACAACGAUGGUGUGGGGGACCAGUGUGAUGAGGACGCUGAUGGGGACGGGAUCAAGAACGUGGAGGACAACUGCCGACUGUUCCCCAACAAGGACCAGCAAAAUUCUGACACAGACUCCUUUGGGGAUGCCUGUGACAACUGCCCCAACGUCCCCAACAAUGACCAGAAGGACACGGACGGCAACGGGGAAGGGGACGCGUGUGACAAUGAUGUGGAUGGAGAUGGCAUCCCCAACGGACUGGACAAUUGCCCUAAGGUCCCGAACCCACUGCAGACUGACAGGGAUGAGGACGGGGUGGGAGAUGCCUGUGACAGCUGCCCUGAAAUGAGCAACCCUACCCAGACAGAUGCCGACAGCGACCUGGUGGGGGACGUCUGUGACACCAAUGAGGACAGCGAUGGGGAUGGACAUCAGGACACCAAGGACAACUGCCCAGAGCUGCCAAACAGCUCCCAGCUGGACUCAGACAAUGAUGGACUCGGAGACGACUGUGAUGGGGAUGAUGACAAUGACGGGGUCCCAGACUACGUGCCUCCGGGUCCUGACAACUGCCGCCUUGUCCCCAACCCCAAUCAGAAGGACUCAGACGGCAAUGGCGUUGGCGAUGUGUGUGAGGAUGACUUCGACAACGACGCAGUGGCCGACCCCCUGGACGUGUGCCCCGAGAGUGCAGAGGUGACCUUAACGGAUUUCCGGGCCUAUCAGACCGUCGUCCUGGACCCUGAGGGAGACGCUCAGAUCGACCCCAACUGGGUUGUGCUCAACCAGGGCAUGGAAAUCGUUCAGACCAUGAACAGUGACCCUGGCUUGGCAGUUGGAUACACGGCCUUCAACGGUGUGGACUUUGAAGGCACCUUUCACGUGAACACGGUGACUGAUGAUGACUACGCAGGCUUCCUCUUCAGCUAUCAGGACAGCGGCCGCUUCUACGUGGUCAUGUGGAAGCAGACGGAGCAGACCUACUGGCAGGCCACACCGUUCCGGGCUGUGGCUCAGCCCGCGCUGCAGCUCAAGGCGGUGACGUCUGUGUCAGGCCCCGGUGAGCACCUCCGCAAUGCCCUGUGGCAUACUGGCCACACCCCCGAUCAGGUCCGGCUGCUGUGGACUGACCCCCGAAAUGUGGGCUGGCGGGACAAGACUUCCUACCGCUGGCAGCUGCUGCACCGGCCUCAAGUGGGCUACAUCCGGGUGAAGCUCUAUGAGGGUCCUCAGCUGGUGGCGGACUCCGGGGUGAUCAUCGACACAGCCAUGCGGGGAGGCCGUCUGGGCGUAUUCUGCUUCUCUCAAGAAAAUAUCAUUUGGUCCAAUCUCCAGUAUCGAUGCAAUGACACGGUGCCCGAGGACUUCGAGCAGUUCCGGAGGCAGCUGCUCCAGGGAAGGGUGUGAAGAGGCGGCCGGCGGGAUUCCGAAUCCUGAUUUUAGACCCUCUGGCCUUGGGGUCCAUCCUGGAGACCCUGGGGUCUAACUUACAGCCACUCAAGCAAACACAGACCCUCCUCCGGCACCCACAGGAGUUCCACCCCAGAAGGGUGGUGACCCCCUGGUUCAGGAGUUGGGAAGUUUUCAAGGGCUAUUCUUCUCAGGCACUAACCCAGGAAAGAGAACAGCGCGUUGCCAUAAAGGUCCAGUGGUUUUCUAAGCUA